CAUGUCGGAUACUUUUAGCUGUUGCAAUCCGCUGUCACUGAAUCAACAUGGCGUCAGGCUACAUACUAAAUCGUGGUGCGCUAACGUUAGGAAUUCAUUGUCAGCGUGUUUGCAGAAACAUAUCAUUGUCACAGGUCAGAGAGAAAAAGAGAUGGAUGAAGGUGUACACAUACCUCAUGGCAAAGAAGUUAAAGCUUGACGGACCGCCACCACCGAAGCCACGGUCUCAACAGCCUCUGUGGGAUUACCACACAGAGGUUCAGGCUUUCAGCACCCGCCUUCAUGAAAACUUCUCUUUGGAAGUACUGAAAACAGCUUUCAUCAAUCCCUGUUACCUGCAGGCAGAGCAAGAGAGGAGACAGGGGUUAGGUGUGGACUCUGAGACCACCGCUCUUGUUCUGAAAGAUAAUGCUCAGCUGAGUGCAAAGGGAGUGGGGUUCACCAGGAGCUUCCUGACCGACUGGUGCAGGGCCAGCUUCCCGAGCCUGCCGAGUGAGGGGGUGGAGAGUAUUGUAGGGCACCUCACCAGUUCAGCAGUUGUGACAUAUGUAGCAAGAAAUCUCGGCAUUGAAGACCUAACCAUGAGUGCUGAAUUCCCUGUUCCUGAUGAUGUGCUCCACUCUACAUUCAUGGCAGUGAUUGGAGCUCUACAGGAGAGCAGUGGAGCAGAGCGAACAGGAUUCUUCUUAAGGGAUUUCCUGGUCACACAGCUGAUAGGAAAGGACUUGUUUGAUAUGUGGACAGUGGUCAACCCAAUGGGACUACUGGUGGAGGAGCUCACUAAGAGGAAUGUCCCUCUGCCAGAGCCUCGCCUCAUCAGAUCUGCUGGAGCCAGUACUGUCCUGCCACUAUACUUUGUUGGCUUGUACAGUGAUAAGAAGCUUCUGGCCCAGGGUCCAGGAGAGACACUUUUAGCAGCCGAGGAUGAGGCAGCUCGCGUGGCCCUCCGGAAACUCUACGGCUACACUGAGAACCGUAGGCCGCUUGACUUCUCUCCACAGCAGCAGCAUCAGCAACCAUUAAUUAAAUCAGUCAGCAGCAAUUAAUUCAGUAACAACUCUUAUGCGGCACCAGAAAAUCAUUUAAAGGGCUGUAAAACAGGGAAAGUGGCUUGAAUUUACUUGAGAGUACAGUAUGUCUUGUAUGAGGUAAGGAGAAAUAAACUAAGGUAGCCAUCUACCCUGUUAAACAUCAGUCCAACAGUGCACUUGUCAGGAUUGAUUCUGUUGGGUAUUUAAAUGUCAGUUUCCCCAGACAUACAUACUGUAAGAUCCACAUUUCCACUAAACUGGACAGUGAUCUAAGUAUUUUUUAAUUAAUUAUAUAACAUGGUCAAAGGUUAAGUCCACUGAUCUUGUAGCUUACCCUGGCUAAUGGUCUGCAUGUUCAGCAGUCCAUCACACAAAAUAUCACUGAUGUCUGGUUGUCCUUGUAAAUAAUACAAUUGCCAUGUGGUUUACUUGGUAUUCUAUUAUAACCGUUUUCAUCUGUCAUAAAGAGGAAUAAAUAUGUGUACAUCAUAA